AUGAAAAAAAAAGAGCUGACAGUAUCCUACAUCAACUUCUUCAGUGUCAGUGAAGCUGAGGAAGCAGCAGCUGAAAAGCUGUACUCAUUUGACCACAUACAUGCUCCUUGGAAUGAACAAGAAAAGGGUGAACUUUUUACAGAUAACUUUUGUCACAUAUGUGGAGUGGUGCUACAGUUUGAAUCACAAAUGAUUUCACAUUAUGAGAGUGAAAGACAUGCUCAAAAUGUUAGGUUUUAUUUUCAAAUGCAUGGGGAACAGAAUGAAGUGCCUGGUGACAAAAUGAUGAUGCAUGUUGAGAAUUUUCAGGUUCAUAGAAGUGAAGUAGUGGACAAAAACAAAUUUUGUGAUCUCUGCAACAUGAUCUUUAGCUCCCCAAUUGUUGCUCAGUCUCACUAUGAAGGGAAAGUUCAUAGUAAAAAACUGAAGCAAUUAAUAGAGGAACGCGAUCAGGUAUCUCCAUCAACAUUUCAGGCAGAAAUGGCAGGUGUGCCUAUUACUACUUCUACAGAAUCAACCUACCUGAAGCACCUUGCUGUCAAGCCUCCCACACUCCAGCAGCUCUCUGCUGAAAAAUUCCAAAGAUAG